AUGCUGCUGUCGCCGUUCCAGCCAAAGCGGUCGCUGACGUCCGUCGUCAAGAUGCGCCAGUCGCUCGAGUCGGACUUCUCGUCCGCCGUCCUCUUCCUCCAGACGUACCAAGGGCCGCAUGGCAUUCUCAAGAACGCCGCGUCGCCCGUUCGCAUCGCCUUGGACGCGCUCUUCCAGCAAGCGACGAUCGGCGCGUGCACCACCGAGGCGCCGACCAACACGCUGGAGCUGGCGGCGUGGGAAAAGUGGCAGGCGCUCGGCGACCUCAGCAAAGAGCAGGCCAUGCAGCAGUACAUCAAGACGCUCGACGACCUCGUCGACAAUUGGCGCCGGAGUCCGAGCUUGCGCCGCGCGACGUCCGAAGUUGCGCCCGAGACGCCGCCACCGCUCAUGGAUCGCCUUCCAGCCUUUGCGCAGGAGCUUGAUGUGAUCAAGACCAAGCUCCAGACACAGGCGGCCGACCACGAGGCGCUGACGGACGCUGUCAACACGCUCACGCACGACACGAACGCCCAUUUCUCCCGCGAGCUGCGGCAGCUGGACCUUGUCCGGACGCACACGACCGAGGCGCUCAAGGCGAGCGAAGCCCAAGUGCACGAACACAAGCUGGAGCUCGCGCUGCUGCGUGAAAAGCACUACCAGCUCCAAGCCAUUGUCGAGCGUUCCUUGGUCUUUCGCGCCGAAGAACUUGUCCUGCAAACGUGGACGAGCGCAACGCAGUGGCUGCAGCUGCGCUACGUGCGUAUGCUCCUCGUGUCGCUCUUCUUGACAUUUGUGUGGCGCAAGCUGCUGCACCGUCGCCUCCCGCGCUUCAUCGCUGAUACGCUCAUCGCCAUCAUCUCCAACCUGUCGGGCAAGGACGGCGAGUAGUGUACAUACCGCGACACCCCUCGCCAUGGAAGCAGAUCGACUAGUACAUACCUUGUGGCUCAUCUCUCCGCUCUGGAACACGAUCUUUUCCCAUCAAUC